UUCCCAUGUAUGCUAUCUUCUUUAUCAUCCUCAUAGUAUGUUCAAGCGCGCUUGGUGCCAUAUACGAGAGGUUCGAAGAUCUUCCCGCUCAGGAUUUUGACUUCAUUAUCGUCGGAGGUGGAACUGCAGGGAAUGUUCUUGCAAACCGUUUGACAGAGGAUGAUCACCUCUCUGUACUCGUACUUGAAGCCGGCGGAUCGACAGCUAAUGUCCUCCUCUCUGAGGUUCCGUUCUUUUGCCUUGACAUAACUCCCGGAACCCCCUGGGACUGGAACUUCACCACAACUGAACAACCAGGAUUGAAUGGACGUUCUGUCUCGUUUCCGAGAGGAUAUGGGUUAGGAGGAAGUAGUGCAGUCAAUUAUAUGUUCUACACGCGUGGUUCAUCUCAAGAUUACGACCGCUAUGCCCAAAUCAGUGGCGACCCUGGUUGGGGAUGGGAGGCAUUGCAACCGUACGUUCGAAAGAAUGAACGCUUUGUCCCACCUAGCGAUCACCACAACGCCACUGGUCAGUUCAAUCCUGCGGUCCAUGGCUUCAAUGGCAUCAACUCGGUGUCUCUCCCUGGAGUUCCACGCGCUACUGACAGUCGCAUCAUUCAAACUACGUCGGAGUUUCCUGACGAUUUCCCGUUCAACUUGGAUUACAAUUCUGGAUACCAGCUAGGAAUCGGAUGGUCUCCAUACACCAUUGGGAAUGGUACUCGAAGUAGCUCGCAGGCGUCCUAUCUUGCGUCUAGGUAUAUCGGACGGCCAAAUUUGCAUGUCCUAACCCAUGCCCACGUCACUCGAAUCCUACAGUCAAAUACGAAAAACACUCACGACCGGUCGACGUUUGACACUGUCGAAUUUACCCAAGAUGCAGGAGCAACUAUACAUACCCUGGCGCCAGCUGGUCUUAAAGAAAUCAUUCUUUCUGCUGGAUCCGUUGGUACCCCACACAUUCUCCUUCACUCUGGCAUCGGCGACAAAGCCGAGCUGACAGCUCUGGGGAUCACUCCAAGGCUCCAUCUUCCCGACGUUGGAAGGAACUUGACAGACCAUACCUUAUGGUCUGUUACCUUCUUCGUUAACGACACGGACACGAUAGAGAACUUCUAUUUCAGAAAUGCGACCUUUCAAGCGGAGGCUCUAGCAGAGUGGCAAGCGAACCGAACAGGAUUUUUAUCAACGGGAGUAUCGAGUCAGGUAGGGUUUCUUCGCGUUCCCGACGAAGCCGGUAUAUUGGACGGAGAACCAUGUGCGGGAAAUCAGACUGCGCACUAUGAAUUUCUUUUCACGAACGGUAUCCCCUCUCCAUUUGCUCCUCCAGGAAACUUCUUUACCAUCGGUAUUGCAGGCAUUUGCCCUCUAUGCGGGAAUAUCACUAUCAACAGCACAAAUCCUCUGGAUGCGCCAUUGAUUAAUCCCAAUUAUCUCUCGCAUCCCCAAGAUAUUGCCAUUUUGCAAUAUGCUGCUGAGAGUGCGAAAAAGUUUGUUUCCGCUGCAGUGUGGGAUGGCUACAUCCUCGGUCUCGCUGCAAACACAACCGAAAAUGAUAUCCGCAAUGGGGUCGGCAGCGUAUUCCAUCCUGUGGGUACCGCAAGCAUGUCACCUACCGAUGCCAAUUGGGGUGUAGUAAACCCGGAUUUGAAGUUGAAGGGCGCAAAGGGAGUGAGAAUUGUGGACGCCUCGAUUUUGCCACUCGUACCCGCGGCUCAUACUCAGGUUCCGGUAUAUAUAAUCGCAGAGAGAGCCGCCGAUUUAAUCAAAGCAGAUAUGUGAUGUCUGU